UAAUUGUGAAUCAAAGCCCCAGGCAAAAGUAGGGUCUGAAUUUACACCUUUGAAAGUUGCAGUCCUACCCUACAUCUACUCUUCAUAUAUACAACUCUUCAAUCCUGAACAUGGAACAUUAUACAGUUUCCUGAGAAUCUCAAAGGCUUCCAUAAUGGAAAGCGAUAAGAGGAAAAUUCCCCAUCCUGCCAUUGCUCCGAGUGCCGGAAUCCGUACUACUCCUGCACGGUUAGACCGGAACAAGAUGCUUGAAGAGGGUGAAACCAGUGUCUUUGGUGCAGAAAAAUACUUCAGCAUGAAACUGGAUGAUGAUGAUGAUGAAGAGUCUUCGAAUAAGCCUGUACCAAACCGGGGCGAUCUGCAUCGGAUGAUGACUCCGAGGCGAUGGCCUGGAACUCCGAGUGCGAGUUCUGAAGCAAGUUGGAACAGUCAAAGUGUUUUGUUACGGAGUUCGAUGAGGAACCGAUCUGAAAACAGGUUAAAGAAGGUUGAUGGGAGGAGUUUUUUCUCGAAUCUUAGCUGCACCGGGUCUUGUUCGGAUGGGAAAUCUGUUUAUGUCAAUCAAAAUGUUGAUUAUCAUGGAAGGGUGGUUGAGAAUAGAAAAGAUGAAAUUCAAAUCAAUCAUAGGCCUAACAAUCUUGAUCGACGGAGGCGGUAUCAAGCGAAAUUGCUCAACCAGAGUUUCGAUCGGAUGAGUGUUGGACCGAAUCGAGAGGCAUACUAUUAUAAACCGCCGGUUCUUAAUCCGGGGCUUCAAAAUGUGACAGUUAAAGCACAACUUGAUGAUGAUCCAAGAAAAUCCCUUGAAGUUUUUGGUUCCACUGCCAUUAAGAAAGGAGAUAUAGCCAAGAACCUUGAGAGGAAACUGUCUAUGUUAAGUUGGGAUGCCAUUCCUAAUGCCCCAACCAUUUCAUCAAUAACUCGUAGCAGCCGGUUAGGUGAUGAUAUCGAGAGCGAUGCGAGUUCCGAUCUGUUCGAGAUCGAUAACAUAUCAGGCAAUGGUCAAGCUUUGUUUACAAGGCAAGUAUCUGAUGGCAUGUCUAGUUGUAUGACCCCAUAUGCACCAAGUGAGACCAGCAUUGAAUGGAGUGUCGUCACGGCCAGCGCAGCAGCUGAUUGCUCGUUUAUUUCAGAUCGUGAUGGGAAGAAAUCAUCGGAAAAUAUUAGAGUUCCGGCCGGUAGAGUGACGAAAGAAGCACAAAGAAGCCGGGCCGGUGGGAUAUUGGGGUGCAACAGUCACAAAGCAGUAAUGGUUGCUGAAAAUGCAUAUAGAAGUGAUGAGAAAGCAAAGCCAACAAAGUUGCACCAGUUUCCAAAACCAGUCACCGCCAUGCCCAGUAUGGAAGAUCUUGAUUUCUCAUGAACAAAACAAGAUUUUUUUUUUUCCAUGAGAAAUCUUAAAGGUGAUAAGGAUAAAGAUGGCUGGAAGCUUUCCCAUAUGACAUAAAUUUUUCUUCUUUUUUUUUUUUUUUCCAUCUGUAAUUUUCUCCAGAAAUAUUACAUACAAUCUUAAACUACUGAUUUGGUCAUCAACAA